CUCUUGUCUAAAAAAUUUUUCAUCUCCUCCUUUUCUCUCUUUCUCUUUAUCCCUCUCUCUCUUUUACAAAUGAUUGCAACCAUCUCUACUACUUGCACCUCAGUCAACAAUAACCAUAGCAACACCAAUGUGCGUCGCAAUUCCUUUUCAGAAUUUGUAAAGAGCUUGUUAUUACUUGUAUCGCCCUCAAACAACCAUGACAACAGUAAUUCAAAACAAGAGGAUAUAGAGAAAAGAUCUCCAAGUUUAUUUGAAGACAUGUACGUCUCAUUUCCCGCUUUUGAGGAGCAAGAGGAAAGCACUGGUUGUCACCCUCAGCCAUCUUUGAUUGUCGGAACAAGCCGUAUUAUGUGCUGAAUAGCUGCAGAUUACACACAACUAUUAUCAUAUCUAAUUAUACCUUCUGUACCAUAUUUCUUCUCUUCAUUUUUAGCAUAAUUACUAUUAUCUAUAUACCUCUAUAUCAUUUUUUUUCUUCAUUAAAUAUUCCCUUCUCCCCCUUUUUUAAUGAUUUACACAGCAAAAUAAAUUCAAUGUUCAUUGACAUAUGAAAAAU